GGUUCCAGUCUGGCAUUUUUGGCCAGAUAUACAUUCACUUAAAGGAGACACCCCCACCCCCUCAAAGGAAAAAACCCAUGAUUAUUUUGUUUGCAGUGUUUUUCGUUCUUUAAACCCACUAUUGAUUAUUUCACAUAACAUUGUAUAGUUCUUAAGUAUUUUAAUAUCGAACUGUAAAUGAAAAGUUAUUUUUUGCAUUAUUUCCUGUUUUACAGAAUAAUUUAAGAUAUUAGGAAAAGCUUUUUUUCUAUUUAUUUCAAUUUAUUUUUGUGAGGGACCCACAGAACUGGAAAUUUAAGCAAAAAUGCAGCCCAAAGCUAAAUUAUGGUAGAUGUCAUUUUAACAUUUUUCUAUUUUUGUUGUUGAUGCUGUACAUGUAUAUAUGAAUAUUUUAAGAAUUUGUUAGAUACACAUUGUGUAUCGUUAAUGAAAAUUCAAACAGGCAACGACAUUCUCAUUCAAUGUUUACUUCCAUAGGAAAUUGUAUAGGUGCCAUUGAUUUAGGGGUUAAUGAAUCCUACUGAACUGAAAAUUCUGAUAUAACUGUAACUGUGGUCUUGCUAACUCGCCACCGUAAGCACAGUUGAGGUCACCGGCCAGCUACUGCUUGUAUACAUAAUAAUUCUUAGCAGGGCUGGCUCUAGCAAUUUUGCCACCCCAAGCACGGCAGCACGCCGCGGGGGGUGCUCUGCUGUUCGACGGUCCCACGGCUCUGGUGGACCUCCCGCAGUCGUGCCUGUGGAUGCUCCACCGGAGCCGCGGGACCAGCGGACCCUCCGCAGGCACGCCUGUGGGAGCUCCACCGGAGCUGCCUGCCGCCCUCCUGGCAAGUGGCAGAGCGCCCCCUGCGGCAUCCCGCCCCAAGCACGUGCUUGGCGCACUGUGGCCUGGAGCUGGCCCUGAUUCUUAGCCUGGAGGUCUGUUUAUGGCUGAGAAGGGCACUUGCUGUAGCAGGAUUUCAUAAAACCCUAGUUUUCAAAGCAUUAGAUUUUUCCAGACAAUCUGGGAUUUCAGGAAAUGUUUCGUAGGAGGACAUUCCACACACUCUCAAAUCUGGCUGUGUCGAAGUUCAAAAGGGGUACAGUGAAUUGCUUUCUCUACUACUGAUCCUCCAGAGUACUUUACAUCUAAUAAUGAUAUAAGCAGCAGUUCCUACCUGCAUGUCACAUUCGCCUCAAUGUGUCCGUGUUUGCCUCAUUUCCUCUUGAUCACACUGCAUGCACACUUGGCUGUUUAAAACACUUUAAUAAUAAAACAGUCUAGAAACAGUCUUUAUUUUAGCAUGGCAAGGUGGAUGAGGUAAUAUAUUUUAUUGGACCAACUUCUGUCCAAUAAAAGAUGUUACCUCUCCCACCUUGUCUCUCUAAUAUCCUGGGACCAUCACGGCUACAGCACCACUUCAUUUUAACAUUUGUUGUAAUUGUAAAUCAAACAAAAUCAAAGUGCUGGCCUUCCAGAUAUUACUUAUCUAUAGUAAUCUGUCCUUUUUGCCUUUUUAGUGUCCCGGAGGUGACUAUUAGCUUCCAAGGUCCACCUGUCUAGUGGUUAUCUUUACUGGAACUGGUUCUCCAGUCUUUUACACCAAUUAUACACCACUGUGACUCCACUGAAGUCAGUAGGUGGUAAUUUCCCAUGUUAGCCAAACGUCUCUUUGCUCUUACAUGGCUGAGAUGCAGCCCUCAUGCGCAAAGACAUUGGUGGAGGCCCAGUUCACUGGCUAAUAGAUCAACCUUUUGGAGUAAUAUCCUUAACCUCUACUCACAAAAGACUAAUUACUACCCAUCUAGUUAUGUGCUCUAAACAGGCCCAUCCACAACAACUUAGCAUCUUCUUGCAGUCCUGUCCUCCAAACCCCUUUCAGCAACAUCUGACAUUUCAAACUUGCUGGACACCUGUUUCAUUCAUUUCUUUAGCACACCUCCUCUCUCCAUCCCUUUCUCAUCUGCUCUCCCCACUGUCAGCUCCUUAUUUUAUCCUGUUUCUCUUGAUUGAUGCUUAUCCUGCAACUAACACAACUUGCCCUCUUCCCUUCUUGUAUCCCCGGACUCUCAUCAGAUGGGCAAAGGGAGAAUGAGAGCUUAUUUGUGGUAGAUGCCGUGGACCUGAUUCUGCUGUUGCUUACCAACUGGUGCAACUCCUUUCAUAUAAAUGAGAUACUCCUGAUUUAUCCUUGUCAGAGCAGAGUUAGCCUUCUUGUUUCCAAACAGAGAAACUUACUUUGAGCUUUAAUUACUCAUGUGCAAAGAGAUUGUUUUCUCCUUGCCAGGGAUCUAUGAUGUUCUGAGGUGAUGUAGUUUGCCCUAUGAUCCUGUGUAAAAUUUUACUCCCGGGGGAAUUCUGCACUACUGUGCAAUGCAGAAUUUUGCAGAAAUUAAUGUGCAAGCAGAAUUUUCUAUCCCCCCCACAGAAAUGGACUGCAGCGCUUCUAGGAGCCACUGGACUCGGCAGAGCCCAGCUUGUACAUAGAAGACACUGCUGGGAGGAAGGAGAGGAAGUUAGAGGGUUCCUGGCAGCUGCAGUUCCCAGCAUGUUCCCUGAGAGAAGGAGAGGGCAGCAUGCAGGAAACUCUGUGCAAGCCUGGAACCUCUGUACAAGCAUCAGGAUGUGUCUCCCUCUGGAUCCCUGGGCAGAGAGGGAGAACGGGUGUCUGGGCUGGGGUGAGGGGGUACCUGGGCUGGGAGGGACUUGCAUGUGGGCUCUGCAGGGGAGUGGUUGUGGGUGUCUGGCCUCAUGGCUGGGCUCUGGGGGGAAAGGGGGGCAGAGAAAGAGGAGCUGGGUUGUCAUAGGGGUUUCUUUAACUCUCUACUCCCAGGGAAAUUUUUGUGUGUGUCUGUAUUGGUACAGACAUACUUGAUGACAGGGAUUUUGAAAUAAAUUACCAAAAUAAUUGAAACUGGCAUGAUUCUGCAGUGUUAUUUUGACAAAUAAAAUUUGCAGAAUCUUAAAAUAUUGUGUGCAGAAUUGUUAAUAUUUUUGGCACAGAAUGCCCCCAGAAGUAGUAAAAAUUAUUUUCCAUAUCACUUGGUUUAUUAAUCAGUGCUGCAGCCUCUUCUUUGCUGGAUCAUCCCAAAGGGAAUGUCGCUGCAUACUGAUUUCACAUACGGAGGCUAUUUCCUCCAGGUUAGGAGCUAUUCAUGUGAAUAGUUAUGUUGAAGCAUGCAGAAAACUCAAGCUGCCUGCCUAACAAAAUGCUAAAGGACAUGUCACUGUGAGCUAAAAGUCACUUUCUAAACAGUUCAGUGCUUCACCUGGUGAGGAGUAGCCCCUUUGCUGAGGAUGGCUUCAUGGCUGAUGAAGACCAGAUCCUUCGUGUCACAUUUCUUCUCUUCAUGUUCAUAGUAGGCUACUGUAAAAAUUAUUUCAUGAACAAAGUAAAAAAAAACUAUAUAGAUGAAGACAUGAACAGUGAAACCUCAUGCUUUAGGGCAUCAGUAGAUUGCUGCGGGGUGAAGAGAAAAAUUUCUCUUCACACUACCAGAUACUGCCUUGUUAGUGAGGUUUUCAUUUUUGAUAUUGGUGCCUUCCAAGACAGGAUAACAGAACCAUACCAGAUCAACGUGCCUGUGUAGUAAUUUAUACCUUUCCAUAAGCCUUACAAGAGCUCCACGUGUCUUUGUUUCCUCUUCCUCCCCAGCAUGCACAAGGACCUGACAUCUGGUCCUGCAAUCUUUCCCUCCUGGCAUGUAUUUAUUUUUAUUUGCUCCUGGCUUUGUAACACUCUGUAAGUCUGCCAUUUUAUUUCCCAGUGUCUGCCAGGUCCUGGCUAGUGGGGUGUGGGGAGAAUCUCUAUUGAGUUUCCUUCAAGACCUUACCCCUGAUUGUUUUACUGUAAGUCAGAGCUUUGUGAGCCAGAAGAGGCUUGGUUUGUCUGUGAAGCAGAAUACCAAGUCAGUGUUUAUCACCAGAACGGUGGUGGCAGUUGAACAAUGUACCAUCUAAUAGCUGUUUGAUGGGCUCGUAUGAAACGAGUUGGAGGUGAUGAGGUAAUAGAAUAGAAAAGACACAGCCCCAGCCUUAGUGAACAAGUGACCACAUCACAAGAAGCUUGACCACAAUUGGCAUCAAUUGGCUUCCUCAUUGGUAAUCUCAGCAGAAUUCCUUUGAAUUCCUCUCUUAACCCAAAGCAGUGGUUGGUCUCUCCAGAUCAGGGAUGAGGCACAUAGGCUAAGAGGAGCAGUGAGUAGAAAGCGUAUACUGCUGCCGUACCUGCUCUGGUAAUACAGGAUGGCAGCCAGCACCUUCACUUAAAAGAAAAAGAAAGCAACUCAUUUUCUAACUGUUGAAGAGUCAUACUGAAGCCAGACUAAGCUCUGCAUAGUUUAUCAGGUGGCAGUAUUAAUGUCACUGGGUUCCCUGCAGCCUGCUGGCCAUGUCAUCCAUCCUUGGAAAGAUGAGGAAACUUGGCAGUUCUGAUGUGGAGGACUCUGAAGUCACGGACGAGCACACAGAUGGUGAGGAUUCCAGUCUGGGAACCCUUGAAAGCCUUCAGGGAAGCCAGAGCACAAAGGUACAGCAGCUGCCCAAAAGCAACAUCUUCGCUAGACGAGGCCGCUUUGGGAUGGGGGAUGGCGAUAAGAACAUGGCACCCAUGGACUCCUUGUACCAGAUGGACCACAUGGGGUCUGCUCCCGUCAUCAAGUUUAAUGUCAAUAUGGAAAGGGCAAAAAUACACAAUCAAUUUGCCAAGCUCCUAUGUACCAGUUCCAUUGCAAGCUGCUCAGAAAAAGCUUUCAAGUUCUAUGAUCGUAGAAGGAUCUUUGAUGCUGUGGCCGAAGGUGACACAAGUGAUCUGAAUGACCUGCAGAUCUAUCUCCAUGAGACGCGGAAGCAUCUCACAGACAAUGAGUUCAAAGAGCCGGAAACUGGGAAAACCUGCUUAUUGAAAGCCAUGCUGAAUCUGCAUGAUGGGAAGAAUGAUACCAUUCCCCUGCUUCUGGAAAUUGCGGAGAAGACAGGCAAUCUGAAAGAAUUAGUUAAUGCAGAAUAUACUGACAACUAUUAUAAGGGUCAGACCGCUCUCCAUAUUGCCAUCGAGAGGAGGAAUAUGUACUUGGUGAAGCUCUUGGUCCAAAAUGGAGCAGACGUUCAUGCGAGAGCCCACGGGGAGUUCUUCAGAAAAAUCAAAGGGAAACCUGGCUUUUAUUUUGGUGAACUGCCUCUUUCCCUGGCUGCCUGCACCAACCAGCUAGGCAUUGUGAAAUUCCUCCUCGAGAAUCGGUAUCAUCCAGCCAACAUAGCUGGCCAGGACUCUAUGGGCAAUACAGUUCUGCAUGCCCUUGUGGAGAUUGCAGAUAACACCAAAGAUAACACCAAGUUUGUAACAAAAGUGUAUAACAACAUUUUGAUCCUUGGUGCCAAAAUUAACCCGAUGCUGAAGCUGGAAGAGAUCACUAACAAGAAAGGACUGACUCCUUUAACCUUGGCUGCAAAGAAAGGGAAGAUAGGGAUUUUCGCCUAUAUCCUUAGACGAGAGAUCAAAGAGCCUGAGUGUAGGCAUCUGUCUAGGAAGUUCACCGAAUGGGCCUAUGGACCCGUCCACUCAUCUCUUUAUGACCUGUCCUCCAUAGACACGUGUGAGAAAAACUCAGUGCUUGAGAUUAUUGCGUAUAGCAGCAAAACACCAAAUCGCCAUGAGAUGCUGCUGGUAGAGCCCCUGAACAGGCUGCUGCAGGAUAAGUGGGACCGAUUCGUCAAACGCCUAUUUUACUUCAACUUCUUUGUUUAUGCUAUGCACAUUAUCAUACUCACCAUGGCCGCCUACUUCAGACCUGUGGAGAAACAUGGAAAGCCUCCAUUCAAAUUUGAAUACACCACCGAGGAGUGUUUUCGUGUCAUUGGAGAGAUCCUGAGUGUGCUGGGAGGUCUCUAUUUCUUUUUCAGAGGGAUACAAUAUUUCGUGCAGAGGCGGCCCUCAUUAAAGACUCUGCUAGCUGACAGUUACAGUGAGGUUCUUUUCUUUGUUCACUCGCUGUUCCUGCUGAGUUCAGUGGUGCUGUACUUCUGUGGCCAGGAACUGUAUGUGGCAUCCAUGGUGUUCUCCUUGGCACUGGGCUGGGCUAACAUGCUGUACUACACCCGAGGCUUCCAGCAGAUGGGGAUUUACUCUGUCAUGAUUGAGAAGAUGAUCCUGAGGGAUUUAUGUCGCUUCAUGUUUGUCUACCUAGUAUUUCUCUUGGGAUUUUCUACAGCUGUGGUAACUCUGAUUGAAGAUGAUUAUGAGGGACGUGAAAAUGACAGCUGUCUCUGCACCCGAUUCAGCCAGCUGAAGUGUGGCCGCACAUCAUACAACAGUCUGUAUUACACCUGCCUGGAGCUGUUUAAGUUCACCAUUGGCAUGGGAGAUCUAGAGUUCACUGAGAACUACAAGUUUAAGUCUGUCUUUGUCAUCCUGUUGGUCCUCUACGUCAUCCUCACCUACAUUCUCCUGCUCAACAUGCUGAUUGCGCUGAUGGGGGAAACUGUGAACAAGAUCGCACAAGAGAGUAAGAGCAUCUGGAAACUCCAGAGAGCCAUCACCAUCUUGAAUAUCGAAAACAGCUAUCUGAACUGCAUGAUAAGCUCAUUCCGAUCCGGGAAGCGAGUCUUAGUGGGAACCACACCUGAUGACAAGGACGAUUACAGAUGGUGUUUCAGAGUCGAUGAAGUGAACUGGUCCACAUGGAACACUAAUCUGGGCAUAAUCAACGAGGAGCCCGGAUACAGCAUGGGCUUGAAGCGAAACUCAAGUUUUUCUUUUAAGUCAAGCAGAGUUUCAGGGAAAAACUGGAAGACCUUGGUUCCACUUUUGAGAGAUGGGAGCAGGCGAGAGGAGGUACAGAAACAACCAGAAGAAGCCAAGUUAAAACCCAUUUUGGAACAUGAUUAUGAGCCUGACGACUCUGGGGCAAGGAAGUCUGUUUAGUUUUUUUUGUUUGUUGUUGAAUAUAAUUGUUCUUAAGAAGAAGGUUAAUUAUAAUUGUUUUUAAGUGUAUUGUCUAUGUUCACAGACAAUGGACUUGGAGCUCUUUAUGAGAACAGAGCAUUAUGGCAAAAGGGCUGAGGAAGUUACUGUAUGUAAUGAUUCAUUAAAUAUGCUCAGUAAACAGCUUGUUAGUUAA